UGUUGAUAUUUCUACAAAUACUUGCACUUCAAUCUCUGUCGCAGUCUUCUACAACUACACAAAUCGACUGCAACCAUUUGCGAGUUCAGCGACGAUAACCGGGGUAAUCCGCACCGAGUGACGGUUCUCCAUAAGAAAGAAAAAAGAAUAAAAACCACAGCCUACAAACUUCAACCAACCUAUAACCCACCAUGGCCACCAUCCGCGUCAUCGGCUCCCUCAACGCCGACAUGGUCUCCGUAACCCCGCGCUUCCCCGACCCCGGCGAAACAAUCACCUCCACCUCCUACUUCACCAGCGCCGGCGGCAAAGGCGCCAACCAAGCCGUCGCCUGCGGCCGCGUCUCCCGCCCCCAAUCCUCCACCUCCACCUCGUCCAAAAUUCCCGUCAAAGUGGAAAUGGUCGGCGCGGUAGGCGGCCUCGACGGCCACUUCAACAGCCUGCUCAAGCCCACUCUCGAGAAAUCCGGCAUCGACACGUCCCGCGUGCGCGUCAUCCCAGACGCCUACACCGGCGUGGCCGUCAUCGUCGUCGACAGCUCCGCCCACGGCGAAAACCGCAUCCUGUUCUCCCCCGGCGCGAACUACACGGGGAUGCAGCCGGUGCCGGACGUGUUGGGGUCGGCGCUCGCGGCGCCUGUUCCGGACGUGAUCGUCAUGCAGGGCGAGAUCCCCGUCGACACGGUGGUGGGGAUCUUGCGCGAUCUGGCGGCUUAUAAGAAUGCGCGACGCGCGGAGGGGAAGCAGGGCGUGGAGGUCGGGCCUGACGUCAUGUUUAACCCUGCUCCGGCGCCGCCGGGCGGGUUGCCGGAGGAUGCAUGGAAGGCGGUGGAUCACCUGGUGAUGAACGAGACGGAGGCGGAGCUGAUGACGCCUGCGGAGGAGACGCUGGCUGCGGCUGUGCCGGGGGCGGCGGCGCUCGAGGGCAAGGAGAAGGUGGCGCGGUAUUUCCACCAGUUGGGCGUGCGCUAUGUGCUUGUUACGCUGGGCGCGCAGGGCGUGUGGUACAGUGCGGCGGAUGCGGGGUUUGCUGGGGAGGCGGAUGCGGCGGGUCGGUUCGUGAAGCAGUUGCCCGCGGCGCCGGUGAGUCGCGUGCUGGAUACGACGGCGGCGGGAGAUACGUUUGUGGGUGCGUAUGCGGCGGAGGUGGCGAGGUGGCGUGAGGAGAGGCGUCUGGCCGGGUUGGGCGGACGGGAGCUCACGGCGGAGGAGAAGAGCGAUCGGUAUGGACGGUUUAUGGAGAUGGCGAUGGGGGUGUCGGCGCGGGCGGCGGCGCGGUGCGUGGAGCGACAGGGGGCGAUGGAUAGCAUUCCGUGGGAGGAUGAAAUUUGAGAAGGGGGAAUAUAAAAGGGAAGACGCGUUGUAUAAUAGAUAUAGAUGGAUUGAAUGAUGAUUCAGUUAUGGGAUAUCACGUACGGACAUACAUUGCAGGCACGAGAAACGAGGAAGUCAUGUAGGGCCCAUUCAUGGGAAGCUGGACCAUUCAUGCAGAGACGCGAGGAAUGAAUCGGAAAGGAAUGGACCAACGACCGAGUAACGGGAGCAUUCCUCAACACCAUCCUGGACGUUCAGAUCUCGAUCUCGAUCUCGAACCUCAUCCCGUGAAGAAUCAAACCAGCUCAUCA